GGCUGCUUUGCUUCCCCGCGUUGGCGUGCGCGUACCUCGCCCUUCACGCCGUCGCCGCCCUCUAUCCUUGUCCGUCCUUUUCUCUUCUCCCUAUUUAGUCCCCGACCUUCCUUCUCCAUCCAUUCCAGCCAUUGCCAAUCCCCACCUCCUCACUCCUCGCUCACACAGGAGACUGCCUGUUCUCUCCACAUCUCCAUCUCCUACAAGCUCAAGCACAUCAGUACCAAGGCUGCCAGCCUCCAUGGACGCUGUCCAGUCUUCGUCGCCUUACUCGCCGCCAUCGCUGCGCCACAAGCUGCGGACCACCGUCUGCGGCUGCUUCGGCUCCCCGUCGUCGCCGGGAAGCAGCGGGGAGAGGCCGCACACCGGGGGCGGCAGGGCCAGGUGGAGGCGGCGCGUGGCGGCCGCAGGGGAGUUCAGGUACGACCCGCUCAGCUACGCGCUCAACUUCGAUGAUGGCGGCUGCGACGACGGCGACGCCGACGCAGAGGACGCCGCCUUCCGGCACAGAAACUUCAACUCGCGCCUGCCUCCCUCGCCGGUGCCGGCCUCCCGAGCCGUCGCCAUCGCCUGAAGUCCUGAACCGUAGUGGCGAUCGUCCCUUUUAACUUUUCUUUUAGCUUCCGUCUCUCUGUUUGUUUUCUCUUCUCCUCCGAGCGAGACUGGAUCACUGCAUCUGUAAAAGCAGUUUAUUUAUACGGCCGGGGAAACGUACCGAGGCGAGGAGUAGCAAUGGCAUCAUGUACUUAUAUACAUAUAAGAAUCAGUCAGUCCAAUUUUAGUGUUC